UUUCUGUGACACCAUGUCUCGGCCGAAUUGGCCAUGUUAAGAAUACGAUUUACAUGAUGUGAUAUGUGAUUAAUCUUGCCUUGCCACGUGGGUUGAGCACUUUUUCUCCCCAAAAAAAAGUUUUUUGCCCUGCGAUGAGAAUGCCGGCGGCGAUCGAUCCAUCCUCCGGUCAAAUCCAGGUGAAUCCCCUUCGAUCUCCUUCCUCUCUCAAGAGGUCAUCGCCAUUCUCUAGACUAGGAUCGACCACCCACCGAUUCAAUCGCGUAGUCCUGUCCGCGACCAACAGUAGCGAUCAUGGAUCCCUCUUCAUCCCACUCCAAUCCAGCCCGGAGCAGCAGCGCGCCAAGGUCACCGUCGUGGGCGUGGGCAACGUUGGGAUGGCGUGCGCGCAGACCAUCCUCACCCAGGAACUUGCGGAGGAGCUCGCGCUCAUCGACGUCAACCCGGACAAGCUGCGCGGCGAGAUGCUCGACCUCCAGCACGCCGCCGCCUUCCUCCAGCGCGCCACCAUCUCCGCCUCCACCGACUACGCCGCCUCCGCCGGGUCGGACGUGUGCAUCAUCACCGCCGGCGCGCGGCAGCGCGAGGGCGAGACACGGCUCGACCUUACCGCGCGGAACGCCGCGCUGUACUGCAAUAUAGUGCCCGAGCUUGUGCGGCACAGCCCGGGCGCCGUGCUGCUCGUGGUGUCCAACCCCGUGGACGUGCUGGCGUGGGCUACGUGGCAGCUUGCGGGCAGCGUGCUGCCGGCGACACGGGUCAUUGGCAGCGGCACCAACCUUGAUACCGCGCGGCUCAGGUUCCUUCUAGCCGAGCAAAUGGGCGCCAACGCCCGCGACGUCCAGGCCUACGUCCUGGGCGAGCACGGGGACUCCUCGGUGCCGGUGUGGUCCACGGUGAGCGUCGCGGGGAGGAUCCUCCGCGAGGAAUGGGGCCCGAGCUCCUCUGCGGAGCUGGAAGAGCUACACCGCGGCGUGGUGGAGAGCGCGUACGAGGUGAUCCGGCUCAAGGGCUACACUUCGUGGGCGAUCGGCUACUCGACUGCCAGCAUCGUAAGAAACAUCCUGCGGGACCAGAGGAGGAUCUGCCCGGUGUCGGUCAUGGCCAAGGGUUUUUACGGGAUCGAGGAGGAGGUGUUCUUGAGCCUGCCAGUCCAGCUCGGCCGGAAUGGGGUUGUUAGCGUGGUCAACGCGCCGCUGUCCGAGGAGGAGGCGGCCAAGCUCCGCGGCUCCGCCAAGACGCUCUGGAACGUCCAGCAACAGCUCAAACUACUUGAUUAAAAUACGGGCUCUAACUUUUGAGACCAACAUUACAGAUUCCUGUUUUGUUAAGAAGCUUUCGGUUCUAUACAAUGCAACAAUCUCACAACGCAAGAUAUUUUGGACCAAAAGCUGAGACCACUGACAUCAGCAACUUCUCAUCGUUGCGAUCUACUCAUCGGAUUCGAUUACAUUGGCCAUACGCAAGUUCCUUUACAUUACAUACAAUGAAAGAAUCUCUACGAGGGCUUGAUCUGGAAGUUUGUGUGUUCUUGGAGAUGGUAAAUCAUAUGUGAACUGGAGGCUGAGGAAGAGAAAGAACGCAGCGCCGAAGCUUAUAAAUCUUAUUAGGAACUUGCUUAGUGUAACGUUUGAUAAUUCACAGAGUUAUACGGUUA